CAAGUCAUGAAUGCAGCACAUCAUGUCAACAUAACCAGCUUCUCGGGUUCUACCAUACCCACAAUUCCGUUUUGUGUCAACUAUGCAUCCCAAUAAUACUCUUCAGAGCCAUGCUGAUGCCUCUGAUCUUGCGAUAAACCCAAUUUAUCUGCGCAUGUCCCCCUCCAAGCUCAGUGGCACCCACUUCCCCGCACGGAAUGUUGGAGCUCUACCUGCACUGACAGUCACUGCAGAGGUACGAUCUAAUACAGCACGACACGGGCAUUCAAGUGGUAUGAGCAGUCUGAGUGGGCUGAGUAGCCAUUGGAGCGUAACCUCAAUCCCCUCCAGGCCAAGGCAUGUCGCGGGUCAAUUUUCAUCUUAUAACGAAUCUACCGCUGUUCUACAACCGCUUGGGACGAAACACCAGCGAGCGAAGUCCGCCGGGUCGUCGACAACUGUGUCCUCGCAACCGGUAGUCGUUCGUACGUACAUGGGCAGUCGCGGCUCUUCACGAAACGGAAGCCCACAUCCGACAACAAUACCGCGCAACAUGUCUCGACGGAGUCACUUGCCACCUACGAAUGAGUUCAGCUUCGACGCUGUGUUAAGAGCUGUUGAACCCGAGAUACAAAGCGCCAUCGAUGCAAUUGCCGAAAUAUGUGCGCGCAGCAGGAUGAGCUUGGCAGAUGAACACGAAGCACAUAUACCACCUCAGGGCGAGAUUCGAGAAAGCGAGCCCAGCUGGAUAGGAAGACAGCACGGCGGACGGCAAGGGUGGCGGAUGACGCAGGGGACGUUGACUGCUGUGCCUGAGGCGUCAAGUAGUAGUGAAAGACUAGCUGGUGGGAGCAAGGCCAGCAGUGAAUCUGGCAAAGGGAAGAACUCGGCUUACGGUAGCUUGAAAGAAAUCAUUACGGGGAAACAAGUUGGACACUGGUCUGAGGGCGAAGGGGAUGCAAGUGAAAGCACGUUUGUGGGCGAGGCUUCUUCUUCUAAAAAAUAUGGACAGUAUGUCACGAAAACCGGAAAUGAGUGUCAAAACACGCCGUCUACGGCGUUGAUAUCGCCAGCAACGGCUUCCAAACAGCUUUCUUUUGACACUCCCACUGCAGAGCCUCUCACACUGGCCGAUCCGCUGGUCUUUACUUCGUCUUCAGGGCCAGGAAAGCCACGACUUCAUGGGCGAUCUGGAUCUGGCUCUCUUACUUCUUGGCUGCCGUGGCCGCGCUUUCCUGCAAUCUCAGGCCCAGCGUCAGGAAAUUCAGAGCGUCUUCAAGCCGAGACUAGGCUCAAGAGCCUUCUGCAAAACACGACAGCUCCAAUUACCUGAAUUGAGACCAUAAAUAUCAUAGUGCAAACCUGCGGAAGUAUGGAUUAACAGACACUGUUAAUUUAAAGCAUGUUCAGAUAAAACGACACCUUUCAAAUCUGGAACGAUUACUAGCGCCAUAGCCUAGGCUAGAAAAGGGAAGUGUCGAGCCUACAACAUAAUGUUUCAAUGCUACCGUAUAGCGUCAUAUGCGUGUAGGGCUGACUG